CACGAGUGAUGCUCCGCUCUCCUCAUGCUGUUUCCCUCACAAAGAAAACAGCGAGCAGGACUGCGCUUCUCCACACCAGCUCCACACGGCUCAGGAUGUAAAGCGACGUGCACAUGAUCCGCACCCAUUCACACUUCUCUCUGCAAUGAAUCUCUAGGCAGUGCUGUCGGAUCGGACGUGGCGUUUGGAUGCAGGAACAUGAGGGCGAGAGACAGCAGGGCGCCGGCAGUGCCCAGGUUGGUGUUCCUCCAGCGGGACGGGGUGUCGGGAUGGGCGGAGCUCCGGUCGAGGACAUGCAGGCUCUGUCAAUCACGUCUCUCUCCGCCUCCGAGGUAGAGCAGCAGUUUGAGUUGAUUAGUCCUCUGGGGAAAGGCACCUACGGCAAAGUCGACUUGGUAGUGCACCGGACACAGGGUACUAAAUUGGCUCUGAAGUACGUGAGCAAGAACAAGACAAAGCUGCGUAGUUUUCUGCGGGAAUACAGUCUGAACGCAGCACUCGGCUGCAGCCCAUUUAUCAUCAAAGUCCUGAAUGUUCUGUUUGAGACGGAGGACAGCUAUGUGUUCGGCCAAGAGUAUGCGCCUGCCGGAGACCUGUUCGACAUCAUCCCACCUCAGGCCGGUCUGCCGGAGGAGAUGGUGAAGCGCUGUGUGCAGCAGCUGGGUUUGGCUCUGGACUUCAUGCACAGCAAGAGUCUCGUCCAUCGUGAUGUGAAGCCAGAAAACGUUCUGCUUUUCGACCGCGAGUGUCGGCGCGUGAAAUUAGCGGAUUUAGGCAUGACACGGCGGUCGGGCAGCCGAAUCAAGCGGAUCAGCGGCACAAUCCCGUAUACGGCCGCCGAAGUGUGCCAGGCCUCAGUCUCAGAGGGGAUCAUCGUGGCCACCACGCAGGACGUGUGGGCUUUUGGGGUUCUGCUUUUCUGCAUGCUGACCGGGAACUUUCCGUGGGAGGCAGCGUUGCCGAAUGAUGCGUUUUUUGCAGAGUUUCAACGAUGGCAGCGGGGGGCGUUUCCACCGGGUUCUGUUCCCUCCCAGUGGCGGCGCUUUUCUGACGAUGCGUUACGCAUGUUUGGUCGACUGUUGGCGCUGGAGCCAGAGCGUAGGUGCGGCGUUAAAGAGGUUUUCUACUUUCUGAAAUACGACCUGCUCAAUCAUCACCGCCGACGAGCGUCCUGUAGAACGUCUAGGGGAGGAGCCACUCAUUGCUCCGCCCACAGACACGCAGACCCCUCUCCUCCGUCAGGCACUUCCUGUCUACGCCCCACCCCCCUGAAACGUAGCAUCCUAUCCGAACUGCACUCUUCUAGAGAGGAAUCCUCCAAAAGCCCGUCGCCAAACCGCCAAGACAAGAGCAAAGUGAUGAUGACCACUCCUAUUGAGAUCUGCGUAUGAAGUCAAAUCCGGGUCUUAAAGUGUACGACAUUUCUCGGGACGACAGCAACAAAGGUAGCAAUAUCAUUUCAGAAGUACUGCUGGAAAAUGUGUGCAUGAGAAGGACAACGUUGUGGAUGUUUUAAUGAAGAAGCGGCGUAAAUGUAGACUGUUAAGAAGUAGACUUUGAAACUUUAUAGUAUAAGAAGAUUGACAGGAUCACAGUAACACCUUCGGUAGGUCACGCUAGCUCUAGACACUGAUAGAUUCACCGGUAAACGUGUAUUCAAUUACAUCGUUUUCAUUUUGAAGGAAUAGUUCACUCUGAAAUGUGAAAGGAAGAGCAUUUACCUCAUGUCAUUCCAAAGCUGUAUGACUUUCUUUCUUAUGUGGAAAUGGAUACAGGAAUACUGUACAAUGCUCCGUAAUGUGGCUGUCAGGAUCCUGAAAUGACAUAAAGCACCAUAUUCAGAGUCGUCUAAAGCCACACACUGCUUUUCUUACUUAAAGUUUUUGUCUUCAUUUUAAUCUAAAAAUCAAAACUUCCAUAAAUCAAGAAGCAUAUAUAUAUUUUAAAUAAAAAAUAAAGUUUAUUUAUAAACUAAUUUCGAGAGGAUCACAUGCUUAUGAUUUACCACAGCCGGUCUCGCAUUAGCUAAUCAUAAUCUUCCAAUCAUAUGAUUUCUAAGUUACUAUAAAUAACCACAGUCUUCGGUCCACAUUUCUCUUCGUCCGGAAGAAACCCCCCCCUUCCGCCCCAUUCUCCUCCUUUGUCAUAGAUCGGGCGGCACGGCGGCUCAGUGCUUAGCACUGUUAGGCUCACAGCAAGAACACUGCCGGCCCUGGUCCUCGCCAGGCUGGUGGGUGUUUCUGUGCGGAGUUUAUAUGUUCGUGUCCGCAUGUGUUUCCUCCGGGUUCUCCAGUUUCCUCCCACCCUCCAAAGAUUUGCAUCACACGUAACAGACUAAGCAAAGCAGGCACUUUAGCUCUCUUAUUUCUCAAAGUAGUUCACCUUAGUCCCUUCAGCCGGGGAGUUGUUGAGAUCCACCUGAGCUCAAUCUCCCCUCUCGCUCUGUGAACAGGAGGGAGCCCUGGGCUCGAGGAUCUCUUGAGCUCAGGGGAUCUCUCCCAGGACAGCAUGCCAAACAAGCUUAUAAUAAAUCAUCAGCUAAGUGUGAACUCUUGAAGUCAAAUUUAACUGGGUUUUUCAUGCUAAUUCUGCCAAUGGGAUGAGUAAAAUAAUCUUGUUUUCAGUCUGAAAUAAGUUUAAUUCACUUAGUCCAUUGGCAAAUUAUUCAGCUUGUUUUAGGGAAAAACUCACUUCAUUUUAUUAAGUAAGAAAAGCAUUGUUUGCACUGCUAAGUCAAUGACCAAAUACAAUAUUCAUACUAUAGGUAUUCGAUAUAUUUGUCAUUGACAUUAAUAUUAUUUUGGAUUAUAUUAAUAAAAUCUAUAAAACUUUUUUUUUUAUCCUGGAGCAACUGUAGCGCUGUAUUCACACGUAAACAGUCCAUGUUAGUCGUCUAAGGUUCUUGCUCUCUAAGGAUACCUUUAAUGGUAAAUAAGUAAAAGAAAAAUUAAGGAUAAAAUUAAUUGUUUUCAGAAAACUUUUCUCAAACUCAAAGACAUAUUUCUUUUUGCAUUUUCAGCUCAAAUGUUGAACUGUUUGUCAAGGAAAGUUGAUCAUUAUGUGGCUUUAAAGACUUCUAGGGCACUUUUAAGGUGCUUUUUGUCUUUCUCAGAGAAUUUAUUAUUAAAUUAUUAUAAGUUUGCUACUAUUUAAAAUUAUUGUUUUAUGUUUUCUGAUUUUAAU